CUAAGCUCCGCCUCCUCUAACACCAAAACAAACCGGCGCAGUUUGCCGGCAUAUGUUUACAUCGGAAAGCGGUGACAUUGAAGAAAAAUUGGGGUACAUCGACGCACGGGAUCUGGAAAUUAGUGCUCAACUUUAUCAUAUGUGUCGUUGAUGAACCAUUCCAGAUAUGUUUGGGAACAGAAAGCUGGCGAAGCGAUCCAUUACAGGAACGAGAAUCGCAGCGCUCCAACAAGAUGGCCGAUACUACCCCGGUAUUAUUGAAUCCCAGACUUCCGAGGAAGGUUUUAUAACAAGUGCUAUGUAUAAGGUCAAAUUUGACAGUGGAGAUUCCAAGGAGAUUACUUCAGAAGGCAUCGUCGGGCAGGGAUUCCGUCAAAUGACAGACAUUAACUUGAGAAAUGGACAGAAAGUGUUCGUGACCCUGAAUGGCAGAGAAGUGUCAGCGAUUGUUAUUACCCAGGACGAAGAUAAUGUUUUGAUAACAGUCACACAAAUGGACGGGGAGAGGCGAGAGAUGGUGAAGAGAGUUGACGAAGUGAGACUCUUAGAAAGUCGGAAAUCGGCCAGACUAGCUGAUUUGGACACAGACUACUCCAAACUUGCAGAUAUUCAACUUUCCGAGCCAAAGAAGAGACCAGUUUCACAUGUUAUCGACGUGCCGGCAAAGUCACGGCGAGAGAGACGUCACCUAGACUCGGCAUUGUAUGGAAGCGACGAUGACAACGAUGAUGUCGACAUGGUAGAUGAACGUGAACAUGUGGCAGCUUUCGCUCUCACCAGUCUGUCCAGUAGUCCAGCCUCGCCCUCCUUCCCGCAGUCGUUCAAGGACAAAGAAUUUCUCAGAAGUCCGGGAUCUUUCCAUGACUAUCAUUUGUCAAGCAGUGCGGCCAGCAGUGGGUUUGAAAGCGGUCACUCUGAGAGAAGUGACCGGUCACCACCCCUCCCCUCACACCUGAGUGAGAGCGCACCUGCAGCCAUCCAGAUCCGGAGCCCGACCCCACAAGAUGACGUUCUUGAUCUCGAAGAAAACAUUAAAAAGUUUUACGAUGACGAAACACAAGAACACAAGGGCUUGCGGACCGUGUUCCAGUGUACAUGGCGCCGAUGUGGUGAAAUGUGCAACACACUGAAAGAUAUCACAAAACAUGUACGGAAGACACAUUUCAACCGCGACAGCGAUGAAGAGUUGUCGGACCAAGAGGAAGACUUCUAUUACAAUGAGGUCCAAGUUGAGAUGGACAAUGUCACGCGACAGUUUGCAGAGAUGCAUACAUCCUCACCCCCCCCUAUCAGCAACGUGGAUUCUUCCACACAUGUUAUACCUGUUGCCAAUGUUGGGAUAUUUGACCACGAUUAUCAGAGAAAGGAACAUAAGACCCCCUCUCACAUCCUGGCCUCGUCGGUGCCAUCUGGUGUCGAUAUAACCAGUCAGGGGCCAUCACUCCCAAUUGUCAUCCCAGAAGGUCAGAUCAAGAGGUCGUUAUCAUGGCAAAUACAGUCUUCGUCACCUGGCAAUGUGGCAUCCUCACCAGUGAGGUUUUCCCGGCCAAGCGUCCAGGUACGUCUCCAGCAGCACCAAGCUCAGUCUCCCAAGUCUCACAUGUUCGCAUCGCCUCCAAAAGCCGGUGGAAUGCAUCGGAAGCCACGAAGUGAGGUCCGGAAAUGUCGGAAAGUCUACGGAAUGGAAAACAGGGAUUCUUGGUGCACUCAGUGUAAAUGGAAGAAAGCAUGCACUCGUUUCCUGGACUAAGAUUUUCAUCAUCCAUCAGUCCAUGGUGGCACGUCCAUACACGGAACUGGAGAUUCUUACAAGCGAUGAAUGCCUGAAUAUUGUUAGGUUUGUUGGAUAACUGAUCUCUUGCUAAGCCACAAUCCUUGCUGAAGUCUGUAUAUAUCCUUGGUAGUUGAUCAUAUACUCUUCCUGUCAAUAUUACUUAAGAGACCAUAAACUUUACUUAACAAAAGCACAACUGCUUUCCCUUCCAAAGUCUGUAUAUAUCCUUGGUAGCUGAUGGUAUGCUCUUGUCAAUAUCGCCCACACACCUAAAUCUGUUUAUCAAAAAGUUUGUGUAGCAAAAGCACUGGUGACCUUGUCAAGAGUUUGUAUAUAUUGUUAAUCCUUGUUAGUUGAAGGUGCAAUCAACCUUUCACUACACCACAUCCUAAAAUGUGUAUAUGAAAGUUUGUUUAGCAAACGCAAAGGUGACUUCUCUUGAGUCCUAAAGUAUUUCACUCUCUUUCGCUGUAAUGUUGUCAAGAAUGGAUUCAGGUUAACUGUUAACUUCUGAAUCAGAGUGUCAGGUUUACACAACUACUGAGUUUGCAUAUGAGAGGAGCUGUUUAAACCACAUUAUAUUUUGAGAAUGAAAAUUUGGUAAAAUGUGUAAUAAAAUUGUAAGCAUCAAGUUGUCAUGUACCAGACUGACAGGGUUUUUUAGUUUUUUUAUCAAGAUUUCUUAUUUUACAUUUUUAAGUAAACAAAUUUUAUUUAGGAUCUGAUUUAGAUGAACGAGGGAGUAAGUAAUCCUGUUGUGACAAAUCAUACAAAUAAAUCCUUGACAUGACGUCUAGUUGCAAUGUCAAUAUCUGGAGCCAUAUUUGGGCAGAAAUAGGUGAUCAUCAGUUGAUUGUUGAAUUGAAUUUUCAGCAUUUUAUUCUGUACAUUCUUAAAAUGUUUACAUGUAUGAUUAAAUUGAAACCAUCUUGAUUUAGGACUGUAUUUUUAAACAUCAUUCUGAUCUUGUUUUACUUCAACUAAAUUUGUAUGAUUAUACUUCCAUUCAGGUGGCACGCAUUAAUUUUCUCCAUAUCUUGCUUUUGAACAUAGUUGAAUGUUUUGACCAAUGAGUAAUCGUCAUUUGAUCACGUGGGGCUCAAUAACCGUUAUAGGGGCUAACCGUAUAUUUCACAGGACUGUGCGGCAUGUUGGUUUCAUGCAACAGAUGGUAUUUGGCUGUGCUUUAAGUAAGACCGAACUUGGACAUUACUUGUUUCGAACGUAAAAUAUGCUGUUCGGAAAUAAUUCUACGUGAUCGUAAUCACUUUUACACAUACUUAAGCUAAAAUUGUUUGUCAAAGAGUUGAUUAGCUGACUGUGUUUACGAGUAUUUUCAUGAAGAAAAAUUAGUUGAAAUUCAGGGGAAAUAUAUUGAUAAUAAUAAUAUUUCAUGAUGACUAUUUCAGGGCAUCUACAUAAGAAGCUAAUCCAGGGAGUCAUACUUAUUAUUUUAUGUGUGUGUUUCUGAAAUUAUUUUUAAAAUACAAAAACUUUCUAGUUUACAAAAUGGUGCAGAGCUGCAUCUGCCAUCACACCUAGAAACGUUGCCUUCAGUGUCGUGUUAGGACUUCACUGUUCUGCUGCAUAAUCAGAAUCAGAUACACCAAACAACAUCUUCGUGUAAGCCCGAGAGGUUACAAUGCUAUAUAUUCAGAUAGCAUUGAUGGCUUGCUCAACUUUCAUGGUGAUCUUUAGCAAAAAUCACUUGUAAGCCCGGGCAUUUCUUCAGAGUCGCUACGCCCCUGUCCUUGCAUGUUAUUGUGUUUUGAUUCUCAGAUGGCUAUAAAUAGUUAACACUGACAGUGUUUUGAUGGCCUCUAAUUACCUGACCGCCUUUGAAACUGGCCAUUUCGUGCUGUUAAAAUGUGCUUAUGUACGUCUACCCCACUCAAUAUGUCAGAUAACUCGUCUGUUUGAGUCUUUUAGCUAUGUCUGCAGUUUAGUCAGUAUAAUGAGGCCAACCUUUCUGUUAUUUCUUUCAUCACGGAGCUGUGAUGGUCUGGAGUCUAUGAUUUGAAGGGGGAUAAAAUUAUAUCAAAAUUUAUAAAUUUAUAAAUAAAUAAACGAACGAACGAACGAACGAAUGAAUAAAUAGUCUUUCGGACACAGAGCAUUUUAUCCAACCUUUACUUUGUAAUAUUUACAUGUUUUAUGUAUUUACAGUGAGUCGUUCGUUCUUCACUUCAGCAUUAUCAACUGCUUUGUUUGCGGAAAAAUUCCUAAUAUUAAAAAACAGUGUUUUUAUACAUUUUUAAAGAAAGAAGUGCAAAUCUGUGAUAUAAGUAAGUUAUCAAAAAGGUUGGCCUUAACAAAUAAGCGUUAAUUUUAUUUCGGAGGAAAUGCACCAAAUUUACCUAUUAGCCCGUUUACUGAUAUAUUCUGAUUUCAUGUUAGCAUGAACUCACGAAUGGUUCGAAAGAAAGAUCCGUUUUGAAUUUAUUAUCUACUUUUCUCAUAUUGUAAAUUCAUGUUGAACAUUUAAGAUGAUGUAGUUUUGUUUUGUUGUUUUGAUACGUACACUUCGUACGUUAACGUGUUCCGUUGUAUUGCGAGUCCGCGUCCUUGUUUGGGUCAGUUGUGAGUACACCUGUCCUUCUCGUGUCUGUAUGAUGUAUGUACAUAGUAGAACAUUACCAGCCUCUACAUCUAACUGUGUGAAACAGAUUUGGAAUAAAUAUUUUCAACCA